ACCGAGCAAAGGUACUGCCUCAAAAGUGACAGUGUGCAGUGGUACCCUCCAUCCUUUGUGCUUACGCAUUCUUUGUGACAACUCUAAAACGCAUUGCGGAAAAACGCACUCAUAAGGAUAGGGACGUGCCAGUGGUUAUACCCCCGCAGUAGUGACUCUCCCCCCGCGCUAACAAACAAAGUUGAGCCUAUUACCUAAUUCUCACGUCGCAGCAAAAUGUUUAACAACGAGCCGCUGGAACAAAUCGACAAGGAGCUGCACGACAUUUUGGCCGACGAGGAGAAGAGGCAGAGGGAGACCAUAAACUUGAUAGCCUCCGAGAACCUGACGAACGGCGCCGUGCGCGAGUGCCUCGGGAACCGAGUGAGCAACAAGUACUCGGAGGGCUACCCCAAGAAGAGGUACUACGGAGGGAACGACUUCAUUGACAAAAUCGAGGAGCUCUGCCAGAAGAGGGCGCUGGAGGCCUUCAACGUAAGCGACGAAGAAUGGGGAGUGAACGUGCAGCCCCUCUCAGGAUCCGCAGCCAAUGUGCAAGCCCUCUACGCUCUCGUAGGCGUAAAGGGAAAAAUAAUGGGCAUGCACCUAUGCUCAGGAGGGCACCUAACACAUGGGUUUUUCGACGAAAAAAAAAAAGUCUCUAUCACCUCAGAUAUGUUUGAAUCAAAGCUGUAUAAGUGUAACAGCCAAGGGUACGUAGAUUUAGAUGCAGUGCGCGAGAUGGCCUUGUCCUUCAAACCGAAAGUUAUAAUCUGUGGGUACACGAGCUACCCUAGAGAUAUAGAUUACCAGCAGUUUAGGCAAAUCUGUGACGAAGUGAAUGCAUAUUUGUUUGCAGACAUUUCCCACAUCUCAAGUUUCGUCGCAUGCAAUAUACUCAACAACCCAUUUCUCCAUGCCGAUGUGGUUACCACAACGACCCAUAAAAUUUUAAGAGGACCCAGAAGCGCAUUAAUAUUUUUCAAUAAAAAAAGGAACCCCGGAAUUGAGCAGAAAAUAAACAGUGCUGUGUUUCCAAGCUUCCAGGGGGGACCCCACAACAACAAAAUUGCAGCUGUUGCGUGUCAACUGAAGGAGGUUCACUCACCCGCCUUUAAGGAAUACACACAGCAAGUUCUCCUAAACAGUAAGGCACUAGCCAAAGCGCUAAUCAGCAAACAGAUUGACUUAGUAACCAACGGAACGGACAAUCAUCUCAUCGUCGUAGAUUUGAGGAAGUUUAGCAUCACGGGGUCUAAGCUGCAAGAAACUUGUAACGCCAUCAACGUGUCUCUUAAUAAGAAUACCAUUCCGUCUGACGUAGACUGCGUCUCGCCCAGCGGGGUACGCAUCGGCACUCCUGCCAUGACCACCAGAGGUGCAAAGGAAAAGGAUAUGGAGUUCAUUGCAGAUGUUUUAGCCAGGGCCAUCAAAAUAACUGUGGACUUGCAGGAGCAGUAUGGCAAAAAGCUCGUCGACUUUAAGAAGGGCUUGCCUGGGAAUGCUCAACUGCAGCAGUUGAAGCAGGAGGUCGUCACCUGGGCUGGCGCCUUGCCCUUCCCCUGAAGGGGGUAGGGGGUGAUUCUCUGAGGGCAUCCAACGGUGUGCCCCGCGCUCGUGGAUGAUGCGGCUAUUUACCGUUUGCCCUCACGUAUUUUAUUUUACACUACACUAUUUUAAUUUACACUAUUUCAAUUUACACUAUUUUUACGCUAUUUUUACGCUAUUUUUAUUUUAUUUUUUUUUAUUUUCCCUCCCUGCGCUACCCCCAUCGCGGGACAGACCUCAACGCGCAAAGGGACGCCCACUUGAAACACGUGAGUCAAAAGUAACUGUCGCAAAGGUGAGCAGCUCCGUGGAGGGGGGGUCUCUCCCGGGAAAUGGC